UCCUUUAUAAAUUGAAACCACUAAUUUUUCCAAAUACUUUUAUUGUGCGGUUUUGUACCUCUCUCUAUUUAGGCAUAUGUUCGAUUUAAACUCUUGUAAUUUAAAUUCCUGUCACCUAUUGUCGUAACUAUCGAAUUAUUAAAUAAAUAAAAAAUUCAAAUCAUCCAAAGAGCGCAUUUCACUGCCUCUCUAUCCUGUGUGCCUUCUUGGAUUGCCCUUGCUAAGACCCCUCGAGCUUUCCUUCUUCAGGAUUAUUCUCUCAUAAUUAAGCUUAAUUUGGGAAAAUGCCUGAGAUUAUGUUAGGAAGCCACACUGUAAAAUCUCAUGGAGUCAAAGUGGCAAGAGGACAUAUGCAUGACUGGAUAAUUCUUUUGGUUCUUGGGGUAAUAGAUAUCGGUCUGAAUGUUAUAGAGCCUUUUCACAGAUUUGUUGGGAAAGACAUGAUGGCAGACCUGAGAUACCCAUUUAAAGAGGAUACUAUCCCUUUUUGGGCUGUUCCAUUAUAUGCUGUACUGUUGCCAUUUGCUAUAUUUACUAUAUGUUACUUUCGAAGAAGAGAUGUCUAUGAUUUGCACCAUGCCAUAUUGGGCACUCUAUUUUCUCUUCUAAUAACUGGAGUUAUUACGGAUUCAAUCAAAGAUGGUGUUGGUCGACCACGGCCAAACUUCUUUUGGCGGUGUUUCCCUGAUGGAAACCAGGUCUUCCAUCCUGUAACAUUGGAUGUCGUUUGUAAUGGAGAUAAACGAAUUAUAAAGGAAGGAUACAAAAGCUUUCCUAGUGGACACACUUCAUGGUCUUUUGCAGGUCUUGGUUUCCUUUCAUGGUAUUUAUCAGGGAAAAUUAGAGUGUUUGAUCGCAGGGGCCAUGUUGGAAAACUUUGUGUUCCAUUUCUUCCAUUGCUUUUUGCUGCUUUUGUGGGAGUUUCUCGUGUUGAUGACUACUGGCAUCAUUGGACAGAUGUCUUCGCUGGAGGUCUUAUAGGAUUAACAGUAGCCUCAUGUUGUUACUUGCAGUUCUUUCCUUUUCCUCAUUCUGUGAAUGGUUGGGCACCUCAUGCAUAUUUUCAAAAUUUGUCAGAGAGCAAUAAUGUUCCUCGAAACUCUUUAAGAAGGGCUCGCUCUCUUGGUAUGGAGCUACAUGAAGCACACACUUUAUUUAUAAGACACGACAAAAAUAAAGAAAUUGGAGAAUCCAGUUCAGAAAGUACAAGUCCAUCAUUAGAUUCAAUGGAAGCUGGGUCGACAAGCAGAUACUGAUUUUAGAUUUUUUUUUUUAAUUAAAAAAAAAAUGAAACAAUUAGACAUGUCUAUUUACAUAGAAAAUCCAACUUGUCACGUAUAUAUUCUAACUUUAAACCAUGUAUAGGACUUAGUAUGUGAUCACUUCCUAUAGAUGUUCUCGAAUUUUUAUUGGGCCAUAUUUCUAAAAGCAGUCUAUAUUCAUAAUACAUAUACUUUUUUUCCUCCCAAAGUUUAGGAGGGUGAUGGUCACCCAAGCCCAGUAGUGCCUCCGUCCC